GAUGCUGCAGGCAAGGUGCUGGACCGCUGGGCCAUUAUGUCCAGGGAAGAAGAGAUCAUUACCCUUCAGCAAUUCCUGAGAUUUGGAGAGACCAAAUCCAUCGUGGAGCUGAUGGCAAUUCAAGAAAAAGAAGGGCAGGCUGUGGCUGUGCCAUCUUCAAAGACAGAUUCAGAUAUAAGGACUUUUAUUGAAAGCAAUAAUCGCACCAGGAGCCCGAGUCUCCUUGCUCACCUGGAGAAUAGCAACCCUUCCAGCAUUCAUCACUUUGAAAACAUCCCGAAUAGCCUUGCAUUCCUUCUUCCAUUCCAGUACAUAAAUCCAGUCUCUGCUCCACUGCUGGGGCUGCCUCCAAAUGGCCUCCUGCUGGAACAGCCAGCAAUGAGGCUCCGUGAACCAAGCCUUACAACCCAAAACGAAUAUAACGAGAGCAGUGAAUCCGAAGUCUCCCCGACACCUUUCAAGAAUGAGCAAACUUCCAGGAAUGCUUUGACCAGCAUCACAAAUGUUGAGCCCAAAACUGAGCCUGCCUGUGUUUCUCCUGUUCAGACACCUACGCCUGUCAAUGAUCUAUCCAAAACAGAACACACUAAAAGCUCAUUCCGCAUUCACAGAAUGAGGAGAAUGGGGUCGGCCUCCAGGAAAGGGAGAGUGUUUUGCAAUGCGUGCGGCAAAACCUUCUAUGACAAAGGCACUCUUAAAAUCCACUACAAUGCUGUCCACCUGAAAAUCAAGCACCGGUGCACUAUUGAGGGUUGCAACAUGGUCUUCAGCUCCCUCAGGAGCCGCAAUCGUCACAGUGCUAACCCAAAUCCACGUCUCCACAUGCCCAUGCUAAGGAACAACCGCGACAAAGACCUAAUUCGUGCUACAUCGGGUGCUGCUACUCCAGUCAUAGCAAGUACAAAGUCCAACCUAACUUUAACGAGCCCUGGGCGUCCACCGAUGGGGUUUACUACUCCCCCUCUAGAUCCUGUACUACAGAACCCUCUUCCCAGUCAGCUGGUGUUCCCAGCUUUAAAGACUGUCCAACCUGUUCCUCCUUUUUACAGAAAUUUACUUACUCCUGGCGAGAUGGUGAGUCCUCCAACCUCACUCCCUACCAGUCCAAUAAUACCAGCAGUGAGUGGCAUGGAGCAGCAUCCCCCUCCUCCUUCAGAGUCAUCAGUACCUUCAGUGCUGAUGCCCACUCCAGAAGCUAAUGCUGACCUUGCCCCCAAGAAGAAGCCAAGGAAGUCAAGCAUGCCAGUUAAAAUUGAAAAGGAAGUUAUCGAUACUGCCGAUGAGUUUGAUGAUGAAGACGAAGAAGUGAAUGACAGCAGCACGAUGGUGAAUGACAUUGGUCAUGACAAUCACUGCCAUUCUCAGGAAGAAAUGAGUCCAGGCCUCUCUGUGAAAGAUUUUUCUAAAAGUGACAGAAGUAGAUGUAUUUCCAGACCAGACAUAAGAAGAGCAGACAGCAUGACAUCAGAAGACCAGGAGCACGAGAGAGACUACGAAAAUGAGUCAGAGUCAUCAGAGCCCAAACUGUGUGAGGAAUCCAUGGAAGGCGAUGAUCGCCUCCAUGAACCUGGUGAAAAAUCUAUGAUGCACAGUGACAGACCAGAUGAAAACCACAACGACUCUUCCAGCCAGGAUGUCAUUAAGGUGAAGGAGGAGUAUACAGACCCUACGUAUGAUAUGUUCUAUAUGAGCCAAUAUGGAUUGUACAAUGGAGGCAGUGCCAGUAUGGCUGCCCUUCAUGACAGUUUUGCUUCUACAUUCAACUACAGCAGCCCUCAGAAGUUCUCCCCAGAAGGUGAAAUGUGCUCCAGCCCAGACCCCAAGAUCUGCUAUGUGUGCAAGAAAAGUUUCAAGAGUUCCUACAGUGUGAAGCUUCACUACAGAAAUGUUCAUUUAAAGGAGAUGCAUGUCUGCACGGUCGCUGGCUGUAACGCUGCGUUCCCGUCACGGAGAAGCAGAGACAGACACAGUGCUAACAUAAACCUGCAUCGCAAACUGUUGACCAAAGAACUGGAUGAUAUGGGCCUGGACACCUCACAGCCUUCUCUUAGUAAGGACCUCCGCGAUGAAUUUUUGGUGAAGAUAUAUGGCGCUCAGCAUCAGAUGGGGCUUGACAUAAGGGAAGACACCUCCUCUCCUGCUGGUACUGAGGAUUCCCAUAUGAAUGGAUAUGGCAGAGGCAUGUCAGAAGACUAUAUGGUCCUAGACCUGAGCACCACCUCCAGCAUCCAGUCCAGCAGCAGUAUCCAUUCCUCAAGAGAAUCUGAUGCAGGAAGUGAUGAGGGCAUUCUCCUGGACGACGUUGAUGCGGCAAGUGACAGUGGGGAAUCUGCGCACAAAGCAGAUGCCCCUGCCUUAGCUGUAGGGAUGGGCACUGAUGUCCCAGGAUCCCUCAUGUUCAACAGUGUUUCGGUGAGCAACGGUGGGAUAAUGUGUAACAUUUGCCACAAAAUGUACAGCAACAAGGGAACCCUCAGAGUGCACUAUAAAACAGUGCACUUGCGAGAAAUGCACAAAUGCAAAGUCCCUGGGUGCAACAUGAUGUUCUCCUCUGUCCGUAGCCGAAACCGGCACAGUCAGAACCCCAAUCUGCAUAAAAAUAUUCCCUUCACUUCAGUAGAUUAG